UUCCGCCAAAGUGUCGCAUCCAGAAGAUCAUGGAUUUAACAACUCCACCAUAGAAACAAAACAGCAGCAACAUCAUCAAAAUUCCUUGCAACAAAGGAAAUUAACACCUUACAACAUCGAUUACAUUGUCAAGGACUUGGGCAACGAUAAACGCAAGGAAAUCGAUGUUAUUGUGGGCGAGAAACAAGAGACUCAUGUACCUGGCUUAUGUUCUGAAGAAAAGUAUUACACUUGGCCAAAUCAAACGAAAAAUUUUAGUAGCACUAUAAGUAAUUCUAAUGCACAAGAAAUAAACAGUAACUAUUUGCCCUUCGAGGCAAAGAACACAGAAGCUCAGACUGAUGUGACACUCAAAUAUGGCACUGAUUGUAAUAGUAGGAUUGUUAAAAUUGAAAGUAAUGACGUUCAAAAUCUAGAAUAUAAGGAUAUUCCGUGGAAAUGUGAUGAGCAAAAGACAAUUAUUAGUAAGGAACCAGUUGAUGGUCCCAACCCAAAUGUCGGACAAAUGAGUUACCAGCUGCAUAUUAUCGAUGCCGAACCCCCCAGGCAAAAGAUAAUUCUGCCCCCAAAGAAGAACUUUCUUUUGGAGCAACUCAAACCUCAAAAAAUCAUUUCGGAAGUAGUGCCAGAUAAUGACGAUAAAAAAGUAGUGAUUCUAGAGGAUAUAACGAUUAGGAGCAUUUUGGGCUUAAACAACAGUGACGAGACGAGGGAGGAGGUCUCGGCCACGGACAAACAUUUGAAGCUCAAGAGGCCGAAAUGUGACAAGACUGUGCCAGUGAUGCCUUUUAAAAUAGCACCGGUGGCUAGCAUCAAUAUCCCUGUCCCACAGAAAUCGAAACAGUUCCAGAACAUGAUCAACAGCGUGUACACUUCGGCGGACAAAUGCGCGGAAGUUAAGCACGCCCGCACGCCAGUUCAAAAGACGUCGAACGCCCUUCAGACGCACAUAACUCCACAGCUGCCCACCCCAUCGCCCAAUUACCCGGAAUCGAGCAAUUGCCAUACCAACCAGCUACCAAAUAAUAGUAAUACUACGAAUGUUCCUAUUGCAAAGUUGGUGAAUCACCGACAACAACCUCACAACGGUACUAGUCAAGUUAAUAAUAAUAAGUUAGUAAACAAUGCGCAUUCCAUGGACUUAAACAAGAAGAUCGUCGGCGGUUGCAAGGCGAUGGGUGGAAGGCCAAAGAAAUCCCGCAGUCACAAGGCAGUCAGUACCCGACCGGACGGUAGUAACUUCACAGUGCUCAAUAUUCCCAACCUUAGGUUCCAGACGGCGCAGGCGCCGCGCCGCGUCAAAAUCAGUCGCAUUGAGUCCGCGAUGCGGAGGCGGCGCAAGAGAAAACUCGCCCGUCAAGCCAACAGACUGAAGAAGAUCGCCAGAACCACACCACCGACGACGGACGCCGCCGUCGACUCGAGCGUUGUCACGUUCGAGUGGGGCAUACCCGUCGUCGGCUACAACUCGGACACAAGCAGCUCGUGCAACAGCAGCGACUACGACAGCGAUACGUGUUUGGUCGACCUCGAGAUUCGGUCCGGACCCGUUGAAAAACCUACUCCGGAGAAGAUUGGAUUUCUCAACGGAUUCGGACUGGCCACUCCCAGCCAAAGCAACUCCAUCGAACUUAAAAAGCUUGAAAACAGAAAGUGGCUAACCCCGUGGCAUAUAGCUCCGAGCGAAACGGAACAGGAACACAUCGAACCGUUAGACCUACCCGUGCCUUUGCAUACUCCACUGAUAUUGAAUAAUACCAAAGACUUCAAGGAGAAACAGGUUUUUCUCAAAAACCUAGAACUGACUGGUACUUCUCUACAUGACCAAAAAGAAUACGAUGAAUGCUGGAUGAAAGUGAUCCACGACAGGAUGAAGCGAGGCUGCGAGACUCCACUGACCAAGUACUGUUUGAAGGCGUAUCGCAAACACCAAUACCGAAUUCUGAAUCCCGUGCUGCAAAAACAACGUUUGAACGGUGCCCUAUCCGCCGGCAACGGCGACAUGCCGUCGAUGAUGGUGCCCCUGGUGCACCAGUACGCACAAUUCAAACAGGAACCGACAGCGGUGCCGGCGGAAUGGUCCGGGAAUGCGUUGGUUAAAAUGCAGCAAAUCGAGACUGAAGGACAGAGAGUGAAGGGGACGACUGCCGCUCCUAUUUUAUUGCAACAGCCGCGCCGCUUCGAAGGCGGCAGCGGCGGCGAAUGUACUUACGCGAUGGUAGUGUUCGUUGACAAGGCCGCGGGCAUGGCCCAAGACGUACACUCCGUCGCCAACAGUAGUCUUAAAGAAUGAAUGCCAAUACUGACAAAUCAAAUAUGAAUAAAACUGGACUAAAAGGAUGAAUAAACGACAGGUGACCAAAAUAUCAUUGAGCGAGUGUUGCAUUUUCAGACGGAUAAACUUAAGAAUUUUGUUACGAUUUUAUUGUUAUUAACAUUUAUUUUUUUAAUUGUUUGGUCAUUACAUUUUUUGUACGAUCUAUUGUUAUGUAGUGUUGGUUUUACAUCACAAGAAUGCAAAUAUUAUGUAUAAAAAAAGUAAUCAAAAAGCGUGUGAAUAUUUUUUCGAAGAUAAGCCCUUGAAAACGAAGCAACUUGUACUUAUGUUUAUAUAAUCUCUAGGCAUUUAAUGAAUGUUUGUUCAAUUGAAUAUAUGUUAUUACUGCUAUAAAUUUAAUCUGCUCUGUAAUAUAAUCUCAAAAUACACCCGACUAUGUUGAGUGUUGUUAUAACAAUAUAUUAUUUUUACAAUGAGCCUUAUAGAAUUUUAAUACGAGUUUUUUUGUUUAGUAAAUUCCUUACUGGACCAAAAUAAAUAGGUUUUCUUUGUUCAAUUUUUUAAGUUUUUAUACACAAAAAAUUAAACUAAUUUUUUUAGUUAUGUAUAGUUUUUGAAAUGGAUGGAGUAAUUGAAAGAAACAUAAAAGACUGUGAUGGAAAGUAUGGUGGGUUUUGUACUUUUAUUAUAUUGUAUAGUAUUACUGUAAAGCUUCCAACUACCAAGGUAAUUAAUAUGUUUAAUUUAUUUUUAAGAUUUGAUUAUUCGAAUGAUUAUCAUUAAUAUAACUUAAACCGAAUUUAAAAAGUUAAAUAUGUUAUUUGGUUUUUUAUUAUUUUUACGGGUGUUUUUAGUAAGAUAGGAGAGAGUGGUGUUCACUGAUUCUGUGAUAAAUACAAUUUUAGUAACCUUGACGUAACACUGUUUCUAGCAUGACAAACUUAAUAAAUGUACAGAACAAUUUA